CUUAUGAUGGCAUUCAUUUUGUUAUCCUUUCCCUCGUUUCCUGGUCGCCUCCUCACUGUUUAGUAACCACUACUGGUUGAUACUCUUCUUGGUAAGUCUCUCCCCAUAUGCUAACUUUAGCUUCCCAUCCAGCUCGGAAACAACAAUGGGUGAUGCCUUCCCAUGGCAGUCCGGUUUCCAGUAUCAGCAUGUUUGGCCUGAACUGGAAUUUGGGUGGCAAGUAGUGGUGGGGACUGCAAUUGGGUUCCUUGGAGCAGCGUUUGGAAGUGUCGGGGGCGUUGGUGGCGGCGGGAUAUUCAUUCCCAUGCUUACUCUCAUCAUUGGGUUCGAUCCGAAAUCUGCCAUCGCCAUCUCCAAGUGUAUGAUCACUGCCGCUGCGAUUUCAACUGUCUACUACAAUCUCAAGCUGAGGCACCCGACUCUGGAUCUUCCCAUCGUGGAAUAUGAUUUGAUACUGCUGAUUCAACCCGUGCUGCUGCUGGGAAUCAGCAUUGGAGUCACUUUCAACGUUGUAUUCCCUGAUUGGAUGGUCACGAUUCUUCUCAUCAUUCUGCUCUUAGCAACGGCGGGAAGGGCAUUUGUCAAGGGUCUUGAACUCUGGAACAAGGAGGCUGCUUUGGAACCAGCAGGUGAUGGUGGGGAGGUGGGAGAGUACAAGCAGCUUCUAGGAGGGCCAGACCAAGGAGCAACGACAGGAAAUAUUUCAACUCCCAAAAUACGAGAGGUUUCCAUUGUUGAGAACAUUCGGUGGAAGGAACUUGGACUUGUGACUUUCGUCUGGGUCUCCUACGUCGCCUUGCAGAUCGCCAAGAACUACACAGCCACUUGUUCAAUGGAGUACUGGGCCCUGAACUUGCUCCAGAUCCCAAUCUCGGCCAGUGUGUUCUUGUAUCAGGCAACUGCCCUGUACAAAGGGACAAAGAAGAUAGCAUCCAAGGGAGAAGGAGCAACGACCUUGAAGCUAAAGCAGCUGACUUUGUUCUCCAUUUGUGGGUUGUUUGCUGGUAUCGUUGGUGGGCUGCUUGGAUUGGGUAGUGGAUUUGUGAUGGGUCCUCUGUUUCUUGAACUGGGCAUUGCUCCUCAGGCAAGCAUUUCUAUCAUCUGCCAUGAAUCUGCAAAAAAAUUGCAGCUUUUUUCACCUUUCGGCAAUCUGGUUGUUAGUGCUACAGCAACUCUGGGAAUGGCGUUCUCUGCAUCCAUGUCUGUGGUGGAAUACUACCUUCUCCAUCGCUUCCCUGUCCCUUACGUUCUGUAUCUUGUUGCAGUGUCCAUUUUAGCAGCCUAUAUUGGGCAGCACUUAAUCAGCGCAGUUGUGGGAUGGACAGGCAGGGCAUCGCUCAUCAUAUUUGUGCUCUCCUUUACAAUCUUCAUCAGUGCAAUAACGCUAGGUGGAGUUGGGAUCACAAACCUGGUUGAGAAGGUAGAGAAAGGAGAGUACAUGGGUUUUGAGAAUCUCUGUUUGUAUCAACCAUAGAGGAUUUGUGUGUUUCUAGAUUAAGUGGGAUUUGGGCCCAGGCCUCAUUAUAUAGUGUUCAUUCUUUUGUUUAUGGGCUCUUGGGAUUCUUAGUUUUUUUGUAAACACAAACCAACACUUUGGCUAUUUAUUGUGUUUCAUUGUUGUAUGUUGUCUACAUGUCAAACACCAAGUAGAAGGUAUUCUGAGUUUAUGAUGUAAAUUGUUUGGGGCCUCCUACAACAAUUUGGACUCAGCUUUGUUGGUGACUUGUUUGAUCUUUUUCCGUAUUGAGUGUCUUUUCAUUUUUAGAG